GUGUGUCCACCAUGAAUGCAUGAACCCCGCCUCACUUCAAACCAAAGACUAUGCUUCAAACGGAGCGCCAGCUGUGCCCUUGACGCGACACCUUGCCAUCGCUCGCCAACCUCCGCCAUUGGAUUCUCGGGAGUCAGUCGCCUAAAUAUACUUCCUCCGCUGAACCACUUGAGAGCGUUUGUUUCCGAGGACAACAUGGGUGUGAUUAGGAAGCUUCAGUCAAGGGCUAAAGUGAUCAGCUUUAGCGAGGAAUCCGUUAAUUCAUUGGGAAUUAGCCAGCCACCUACCCCUCCUUCAGAGCCAGAAACAACAGAUGUUCCACCUCCAGCCUUUGUUCCUCAGCGCCGUGAUCCUCGGCUGCUUAUUCAGCGGCUAGAGCAGCACCACCAUCACCAGCGAAGACGCACGGGCGCAAGGAAGACUCGAAGGGCUGACAAUGCUCAAGCUUUGCAAACCCUGGUUGAAGAUGACCAGGAAGGUGUCAGUGAUGAUAUGGACGUUGCACCCAGCUCUGAAGGCAUAUUCACCAAGCUCUUCAAUGAUUGUGACAAGAUGAGGAUAUGGCAGUACUUCAUUUCUCUGAGUGAGGACAGGCAAGAACACUAUUUGAACACCAUUUGUAAAAGGAGAGAAAAUACAAGAAGCAGUGGCAUCGGUGGAGUUUCCUUUACUCAGCGCGUUAAAAACAUUGAGAAAGGGAAGAUGGAAGAGCCACUUGAGGAAGACGGAUUCACCGUGGUUCCGCCAAUGAGUGACUGUCGAAACAUGCACCCAGCUUAUACCACCGAGCAACGUUUUUGGGAAGUGAAGCCUCAGUUGCGCAAAAUGCUGAAAGGAAGGCAGUUCCCUGUGGGUAUCUUGAAGGACCUAGAAGAUGAAAUUGUUGAGUUGUUCACUGCAGAUCCAACAACAGUGUACAUAACUCAGGAACUUAAUAGUUUCCAGCGCCUCUUAGUCCAUGCCCUCUGCGAGUACAACCUCUUAAGUUCAAAAAGUUCAACAAUGACAAAUGUUCGGCGAACAAAGGUGGAAAAUAAAGCUGAUUGUUUCCACACCCCUGAAGUGUCACUCAAUCAAUAUAUUGAAACUUACUAUAGGAGCAAAUACUAACUUCACAAAAAUGAAAAGCAGAAAAAUAUCAUCAGUUCUGAGGAUAAUCCUUUCCAUAUUUAGAUUGAACCAUGCAUCAAAUGACAGAAAGAAUGAUUGGGAAAGGAGGAGAUUUGUUCAGAAUAUUUCACAAAAAGCACUUUUGUGGUUUUGAAAUCACUUUAGUUAGCCUAUAUAUAUUUUGAACCAUAGAUGUUCCUGCUUCACACAAAUCAUUUUCAGUGCCUCUCUUAUUUACCUCUUCAAAAAAGAAUCCAUAUUAAAAAUAACCGUGCUUAAUGUUUGCCCAUGUUCUCCUAUUUUAUUGUAUGUCUUGAAUUGUUUUUUGCAUAUUCAUAGUGGUUGAAUAUGAUACAGUUUCUGCUUUUCAGUAUAAAUUGGCUUAGAAGUUUACAAAAUGUAACUGAUUGUCCAGAUUUAUGUCUGAAUGUAUUCUAAUUGGAAUUACUCUGAUAGGUUUACAUAUAUUUGUAUGUAUGUAUGUCUCCUGCUUUAAGGAGGAAUUCUGUUAUUACCACCUAAUUUUGUUGUAUAAACUGUUGACUAACGGCUUUCACCAUGUGUGUUAAAUUAUCAACUUGUAGUAUUUCAAAAUGUAUUAGCAAGAUUAUAAUUAACCCCUUUGAUCUGGAUAACAUGACCAUCACAUUAUGAAAAAAUUUGGCUUGAGGGGCAGGUGCCGUGAACAUGCCAUCAUGGGUGAUGCGAAUGUGCCAUUGUGAGCAUUUCGGCUGUAAGACAGGGUGACAGAAAAUAUUUGCCACAAGUGCCCAAACCUCCUGGAGGGUACAUAGACUCAUACACCAUUUAGAAAGGAGCUUUUGUAUUAUUCCCAUCCAUAAAAGAGUGUGGAAUGUAGUGCCUGUGAGCCCUGACUGGAAGAGCGCUGACUGCAGGGAGGGCAUAACAUCCAUGCUCAACAUCCUAUUCCUGGCCAAUGUGACCGGCAGCGAAGGUUGUAUUACAGAAAAUUGAAUGUUACAAAAAAUUUAAAAAAAGAACAAAUAAGGAAAUCACAUGGUCGGUAUUCUGGGCCAUGUGGUUGCAAUGAAGCACCUAGAUCCAAGGGGUUAAUAUGGCUAAAAAUGUUCUGCAGGGGCCUUUAGCCACAUCCCACCAAGGAAGAUGCAUAAAAAAUGGGGAAGGCAUGCCCUGUCCACAAUGAUUACAGCACAUUCAUUUUGUUUACACUUAGAUGGCUUCAGAAGUGCCUUGUCACCAAAAAGUCAGUUAUUAGGCCAGAAUUAAAAAUAAUAAUAAUAAAAAUAGUAAUAAUUACUAGCAGUGUUAAUGUUUUCAUAAUAAUAAUCAUUGUUAUAUUGAUAAUGAUAACAUUAGAAAUAAAACUCAAAUUCAAAGAAGAGGUUGAACAUGUGAAGCCAAGUAGUUCUAGUAAAGUGCUUUUGAAGUCAUCUUGUGUAAACAUAAUUGACAAAUCAAAAUUUCCAUAGACAGUGUAUGUUCCCAAAGCAAUGGGGUUAAAACCCUAUGAUAUUGGUAUUUUUCAGUUUAAUCAUUUGGUGUAUAUAUAAGAACACAACUGAAAGCAAUUACACAGGACAACUUAAGUAGAAUGAAUUUAGGAAGCAUUAUAUUUGUUACUGCUUAUUAGGGUACAAACAUGACUCUAGAUACAUUUUGUGAAAACACAAAACUGAGAUAUCGUACAUAAUAUACCUUUAAGCAUA